AUGUAUCAAGGAGCCAACAACUAUGGUCUACCUCAGGGUAGCUACGAUCCACGUAGUCCCCAAAUCACCGUCAACACAGGGCCCAGUUAUGCUGGUGGCUACGGCCCUGGUUAUGGUCCCACGUACGGUCCCGGGUAUGGUCCUGGGUAUGGCCCGAGAUAUAUUCCGGGCUUCGGUCGGCGCGUUGGCCUGGGAUGCAACAUGUGCGGAUUUCGCCGCUGUCGCUGCAACAAUUCUGGUGGACCGGUCAUACUAAAUAGAGGACACCAGACUCUUCUAAGCACGGUUGUCGGCGGUGCAAUGAGCAUGAUGAGCGACCGUUCCGAGCGUGACUAUGAGGAACGUCAAGUGAGGGCGCAAAGAAGGAUGGACGAAGACAUGCAUUACGACACCCGUAAUAGAGGACUAGAGCAGUGGCAAUUACAGGAUCAAACUCAUUCCCGGGACGCCAUGCGUGACGAUAGUCGAGGCCGCCAAUAUGGAAUCAGGAACAGAGACGUGCAAAGUGGAAGGGACUACAGUGGGCACGAGUCUGACGAGGAGAAUUGCACUGGUCGGAGGAUUGAGAAGCGUCUCCAGGGCAGUGCUAAGGAGGAGGGGAAGGAGGUGAUGGAAGAGCAAUUGCCUUCUUAUCAAUCUGCUGCGGGGAGGAAUUAG